AUGCAACUCAAGGCGGAUGAAUCGGAGUUAGAGAAACUUAAGACGGUCUUUGAGACAUAUAAUAAGAAGUAUUAUUUUAUAAAGCGGCGAUAUAUUGAGUUAUCUCUUGAAACUAAAGCGGAUUACUGUGGUGACAAUAUAAAGACCGACACUAAUCUCAAGUCUAAAGUGAUUUUACCUAGGUUAUCGCUGCCCUCAUUUUCAGGGAAAUUACAGGAAUUUAAUUCCUUCAUGGAACUUUUUCAAUCAUUGAUUGAUCAUGAUGUAAGAUUAACUAAUACUGUAAAAUUGUAUUAUUUAUCUAGUUCUUUAGUAGGAGAACCAAAAACAUUAAUUCAGCAUUUAUCUAUUGUCGGUGAUAAUUACUCCAUUGCAUUAGAAUUACUUAAGGCACGUUAUAAUAAUAAACGUUUGUUAGCGGAUAAAUUAUUACACAAUUUAUUAAGUGCGGUACCCGUCACAUAUAAAAAUUUGAGUGGACUAAAAUUGUUUGUGAAUACUUUGCUCGAAAAUACGAAGGCUUUAGAAAAGAUGAACUUUCCAGUAGAUUCGUGGUCUUAUAUAUUAUUUUACAUAAAUUUUCAAAAAUUAGGUAGUAACUUAAAAAGGGAUUUUGAAAAUAAGUUUGAUGAAAAGGAACUACCUGCCUUUGAAGAUUUAUUGAAAUUUUUAGAAGGUGAGAUUCGUAAAUUGGAAUCUAGUGCGGAUCCUGAUUCCAGUGCUCAUAUGCGGCGUAGAACGUCAGCUCCAGCGGUACGGGCUGUACAUUCGGUAGUUCACAAUGAAGUUAGCUCGGUAUGUAAAUACUGCGGAAAGAGCGGUCACUUCAUCGCUAAGUGCGAGAAGUUUUUGAGUUUAAAGCCUACCAUCCGAAAGCGACACAUAAUAUCCACUAACUUAUGCUUUCGAUGCCUUAAUAGUCAUAACAUUGCUAAUUGCCAAUAUAAUCGAAAUUGUUAUAAAUGCAAUUCACCUAAACAUCAUUCCUUAUUACAUUUUGACAUACCUGCGGGGUCACGGGAACGUCAACCCCGUUUAUCUAUUAAUAAUGUCCCAAGCAAGACGGAUGCUACGGAACAUCCGCCUCAGGAGACGGCUCCUACAGCUAGGGUUUCAUCGGCAAGUACAGGCAGCAAUGAGGUGUUUGGAGGAAUGGCAUCACAGGCCACUGGUACUUAUCAACGGAUGGUAUUACUGUCAACGGCUAUCAUACGAGUACUGGAUAAACACGGUUAUUACCAGGAGGCACGUGCAUUACUAGAUGGCGGCAGUCAGGGUACCUUUAUUUCGGAACAUUGUGCCAACAGACUGGGCUUAAAGCGGUUGAGGUCUAAUGUUAUAUCAGUCACGGGACUGAGUGGUAUUCCUGUAACUGGCUGCCAGAGAGUAGUUAAUUUAAAUAUAAUGCCUAGGUACACAGAUCUACCUGUUCUUUACACUGCAGCUACAGUGAUAAAUAAGAUCACGCGAAAUUUGCCAGGUUUUUCCUUAUCUCCUCAUUUAGCGGAAAGUUAUAGAGGUAUACUUCUUGCUGAUGAACAAUUUUAUAUCAGUCGGGAAAUUGAUAUUUUAAUUGGUGCGGAUCUUAUUGCAGAUAUUUAUUUGGGGGAUGGUACUAUAAAGAUACAUGAUAAUUUACCUCGUGCCAUGAAUACGGUGUUCGGGCAUGUGUUGACUGGGCCUGUUAUUUGUCCGGUUGCGGAACCAGCUUCUCAGGAGACUCAUUUUUUGCAAACUUUUUGCUGUAAUAUUUCAACCGAUAGCAUUUUGGAGCGAUUUUGGGAGGUGGAAGAUAUUCCUAGCGCAGUGGAAGAUCCUAAGGAUAUGGAAUGCGAGUCUAUGUUUGUUGCUACUCAUCAGCGGGACGAGAGCGGAAGGUAUGUCGUAAACUUACCUUUUUUAUCGAACAGGCCGUCUCUUGGAGAUUCAGUUUUAUUGGCUAAAAGGCGUUUUUUCACAAUGGAACGAAAACUGCAGUUAAAUGAGUCGCUGCGGAAAAAAUAUGUAGAUUUUAUGCGGGAAUAUGCGGAAAAGGGACAUAUGUCACUCUGUGUCCGAAAACCAGAAGACUAUGAUUCCGGUUGUUAUGUUAUAUGUCACCAUGGAAUCUUUAAAACAGAUUCAGAUAAUAUAAGAGUCGUAUUUGAUGCUAGCGGCAAGACUAGCAACGGAGUAAGUCUUAAUGACUGUUUACAUGCUGGACCAAAGUUACAACGUGAUAUUAUGGAGAUUAUUUGCAGAUUUAGACUACAUAAAUAUGUCUUCACUACGGAUAUCCGAAUGAUGUUCCGACAGAUUUUAAUUACUCCGAAAGAUCGUGCACAUCAACUCAUCUUCUGGAGGGAGUCUCCUGAUAUGCCCCUUCAACUGUAUGAAUUGAACACAGUAACGUAUGGCAUGAAGUCUAGUCCUUAUCUCGCAAUACGGACGUUGAGACAAUUAGCGGAUGACGAAGAAAGACGAUUUCCGGCGGCGGCGCGUCUUCUCCGGUCUUCAGUUUAUAUGGACGAUAUUUUGGGCGGUGCGGAUACCCUGGAGGAGACUCAAAGUCUUAAGCGAGACGUAGUGAAUUUACUGAAGUCUGGCGGAUUUGAACUCAGUAAAUGGACGUCAAAUACUACGGAUUUGUUAAAAGACAUUCCAGCGGAACAUUUGGAGAAACCCCUAAUUUUUAAAGACAACGCGGAUGGGCCUAGCUUCAUUAAGCUAUUGGGAAUCCAAUGGGAUCCAAGUAGUGACAGUUUUUCUUACCAUACCAGAUUUAAUGAUAUGGAAAUUUGUACAAAACGAUCGAUCUCAUCGACAUUAGCACGGACCUUUGACCCAUUGGGUUGGAUCUCCCUGUAA